AACGGUCGUGUUUUCGAUCCAACUCCGGUCCUUCGAGCGCUAGAGUGUUGUUUUGUGUUUCCACGAUUUGCCCCUCUUUGGAAUUACUGGCGCGCGGAUAAGCGGGAUUUGUAAGUGGCAAAGAAGUGUGAAAGUGCUGUAUACAAACUCGAAAAAAGUCACCUCGUUCGUUGGCAGCGCGCAGUUCGAUAUUGGUCUGGGGAAAAGAGAGCCAGCAAAAAAAAAAGUGAAAUAAACGAGCCAAAGCCUCUUUCCCGGAAUGGAAAAGUCAGUCACUGUGGGAAAAUUUGAACACAAGUUUAUGAUCUAAGUCGGAGCCAAAGUCAAGAGUCGGAGGACAUUAGAAAAAAAAAGUCCAAAAAAAAAGUCACAAGAGGAAGUAACUUCAAACAGCGGAAAAAAGGUGUAAAGGUGCCAUAUUGUAAACGAAACGAAGCGCAUAUAAAAGUUUUAUCGCGGUGCUAUUUACCGACUCGGUGAAAAUACAAACAAAUAAUAUUUGGAUAUCUCACACGGAGUAACAUUUUUUCCCAUUCAUGUGCUAUUGGGACACGCCGUAGGUUGCAUCUGCCAAAGUGAUAUUGGAAGUUUUCGACGAGAGUGACUUAACGGCCGAGCACGUGGAUUGGUUAGGUUUAGACGUCGUCGACGUCGUGGUCGUCUGCCAGAAAGCCGAGAAUCGGAAAAAGAUUGAAUCCACAUUCCAGUAACUGGCACACAGCUGCGCGGGACUUUUUUACUUCGUGUACCUUUACCAGUUUGAUCCGAGAGAAAUCCGAAGAAUUAUUCCAUGAUUCAUACCGCCAGAAUUCCUUCGUUUGUGAGGAUAAGAAAAGUCCAAAAUCAACACCUCUCCCCCGGGUUUGCCUCUUGAGUCUUGAGAAUGGACGGAACAUAACAAAACAUAAAGCAUAUAAUAAAUAAAUCGGAACCGACUCACUCGAAGAACCAUGAGAACAUAAAAGCAUUUUCCUGAAUUCCAAAUUGACCAGUUUCUUCUAAAGUGGGACAACCUCAGUCAGUUGUGUGUUACAGUACCCAUUCGGAGGAUAAAAGCUCCUUUCCACGACCGGACCGGAUACGAAUGGGUUAUUUGCGUUUUGUGACUUGAUUUUCCUUAUUUUUCGGGGAUCGGUCGGUCGAUUUUUCGCAUUUCUCCUUGGCCGCGCCACAUCAAUGGAAUUACCCCCAUAAAUAGGGAAAUCGUGUUUCGUGUUGUGAUUGUGUGUUUUAUUUCGAUUAGCACGUCAAAUUUUUCACCACAUUCAUUAGUAUAAUUAAGUGCUACACGGAGUGCUGCGGAAAGAAGAAGAAGAAGUGAAAUACCUUUAACAGAGAGGAAAGUGGAGAAAGGAGACGAAGCGAAAUGAUGCCCUUCGAGAAGUUUGUCAAUCAGCACCUGGUGCUUACCUUGGCUGCGUUAGUGUUGUGUCUGCUGGUGGAAACGGCCCUUGGGGGGUCCUGCCGGGAGGCGUCCCUUUGCUGUAAUGGCCGGGACUCUUCGUGUGUUGUGCAGAAAGCGCCCCUGAACGCCAUCAUUGAGGAUCUGAACGAUAAACCGUGCUACUGUGAUCACGCCUGUUUAAGGUUAGGCGACUGCUGCGACGAUUUCAAGGCACACUGCGGUGUGAUCGAUUGUCUGGUGAGCGAAUGGGAGCCCUGGAGCGAGUGUGACACGGCCUGCGGAACCGGCAUGAUGUCACGGACCAGAGUUAUCGAACAGAAACCGCAAAACGGAGGCAAGCACUGCCCAUCCCUGGUGCAGAAGCGCGGCUGCCAAGGACUGAAAUGCCACAAUCACCAUGACCGGAAGGUGCUCCGUGAAACCGCUCUGCUGCUUCCGGCCGAUCUAUCCAAGAGCCGCCAUGAGAACGACACCAGUGACAUCCGGCGAAAUCUGCGGUUGCGCUACAAAAACGCUUUCAAACACAACCGAGGCAACGAGUACUGCAUAGAGUUUGAAGUAAUUAAAGCUACCAAGGCGUGCCAUCGGGACAAAACCUACUCUGCCCUGGCCGAAGGAGACCGGGUAGUGGUCCGGUGCGAUCUGGAAGCCCUGCAAGAGGACAAGACGGCCGCCGCUGGUGGUGUGGUGGAUUUCGCCGAAAUUUCCAACAACUCUAUUCAGGACGAGGACGAAGAACAGCAACAGCAACAGCGGAAACCGAAAUUCCGAUGCCGCGGGGAGGGUCUCUCGGGGCGGAGCACCCGGUUCACCAGUCUAGCUCUGCCCUCCUGUCGGGGCAAGUGGAUGCGCCUGUCGACGAAGCAGCUGAAAAAGUGUUCCUCCAUCGAGGCACAGUUUAUUUUUGUUUAAUUUUUACAACCCAAAUCGUUCGGGUCGGGUCGGCGGAACUCGCGGCAGGAAAGGCGUAAAACAACAGCAUUUCGGAACCGUGUUUCGGAAACCAUCCUAAAUUACGGACGCAAAGAUAUUCCACACCAAACAAUGGCCAUAUAUUAUUAGCAGCUGUUUGUUUUACCAGAACCAUGCUAAUAAAUAACAAAUGUUAACCUUGGAUUGGGAUGAUAAAAAAAUACAAUCCAACAACUAAACACUUUCGAAACACAAAUUACAAAUUGAAGUAUAAGUGAACAAUCAUGAAUUUAAAGCGCAGUAGAGAGCUUUUUUUAUUAGGAGCUGCGAGUUCAUGCGAAUUUCAAUUAUUUUUUUUAAAUUUUAAUAAAAAGAAACAAAAUGAACGACCACUUUCUAAAUCUAAAUAAUUUGGUAUUCACGUUACCAAAAAGUUUAAAAUUGAGAUAGUCUAAGGAUAUUAAAAGAUGAGUGAUUAACGAAGUUCGAGUUUUCGGGUUCAGUUUUGUAAAACUGAAUUCGCUCUGAAAUAUGUACAAUUAAUUACAGGAAAAUUCAGAUCAUAAAAUGUUGUUUCGCAAUUCCGAAAAACGGUUCAGAAUUCAAAUUCCUAAACGUGAAUACCUUUUAAAUAUUGCCUAUUCUCUAUGGGGUACGUUGUAUUGUUAGUAUAACUUCAGGCGCUUUCUCGCCUUGCAAAAAAAUCUAUCAUCACGCUAAACAUCGUUAAAAUAAACUACAGAAAAAGAAGUUUUGAAUGACAAAAUGAUUCAAAAACCGUAGUACUGAUUAAAGAUUAAUGAAAACGGCAUGUUGAAAACAGAACUUGAAACAACUCGGAUUCCAAUUUGAGAAAUGUUUCACCGUUCAACUCUCUUCCAGCGUCAGCGGAAUAGAAAUGUGUAGCUUGUCGUUGAACUUUAAAUUGUGCUCGAUGGUUCCGGUAAAAGGGAAUUUGCAUCUCAGUUCGAAUAACUUUUCAUUGCAAAAUAGUCACCAUUUGGUGUGGAAUAUCUUACCCCAAUGUCACAUUGAAGCAAAAUAUGCAGCAGAUUUGCUCGGGUGCCACGUGAUUGUGACACCAUAAAUGUAUGUAUCAUGGAAGACAAUAUGAAUACACAAAGCUUUCCGGAGGUGCGAGAGGAUUCAAAUAGGAAAAGAAAACCUCCCACAAUCAGAGGAAAAAUAGAGAAAUAGGGGAAAACUAGGGAGAAGAAUUCCGAUGACAGAAAUAAUCAGGUCCCUGGUAUGAAUGAUAAAAAAAUGAAAAUAAACUUCGAGUUGAAAAGCAAACGUCUGCGAAUGCAACGACAGUGGGGUGGGAAAAUGGGAAAAUUUAAAACCGAAAAGUCAACUCACUCGCAAGCAGCGGAAAACAGCCAGAAAAUGGAAAAACCAGAAAACUUUAGAGAAGAAUUAGUUACUUUCGAAGGCAGGUGGCAGUGGCAGUAACUGUCACUAGUCGCUGAUAUUUUUUAUUUUUCGUCCUUUUUUGUUUUCAUCCCUCCCCCUUCUUUACAUAGAAUGCAGACACGUUCAUAUUGUAGCGUAUGGUAAGAUGAUAAAUUGAAACUUUACGCGAGAUUUUUGUAUUUUAAGACACACUCUUCCACACACCCACAACUAGAAAUAAGUAGCGAAAUAGCGAUGAUGUCAGAUGAAAAAGAUAAUCUCGACAAAAACUUUGAAUAGAACGUGAUGAAAGCUUAAUCAGUUAGGUUCUCUGCACCAACGUGCAAUUUCUUACCACACAGCAACUCAUCACCCCUGGAUGUAAAGCACACAACCCCCGCAGAUAUACUCACAAAAUUUAAAAAAAAAAUGAACGAAACAGCAGAAAGAAGAAUUAUUUUCGUUAACGUUCGACUAACAGCUACUUACUUACAUAUAUACAAAAUAAAAUCGGAUUCUUUUAAUAAACUGUAAGCGUAGGAAAUUAUAAUAUGUUAACGUUAAUGUUUCCAAUCGACGAUGAUUAUUUCUGAUGUUCAACCAACUUACGAUAAGUGCCAUAUCAAGAACAAGGAAAAGUAUCCAAUCAUAAUAGAACUAUCAUUUUCCGAUGAAUCUUUCUUCCAUCUUCCAUCAAAACAGUUUUGAACGAAAGGUUGUUCUUCAACAGUCAAUGUGCAAUUGCAAUUCCAGUAAUAUAUGUGUAAGGCAAAAAGAUUUGCACAGGAAAAUAAAUUCAGCGUACACAGUUGUGCGUGAUCACACAUAAUACGAAACAUUCAAUCGUCAAUGGGAGAAGAGAAACAAGUAUAUACUUAAAUAUUUAAGAAGGGAAACACAAUAUUAAUAAUUAAAUCAUAAAUGAAUGCAUCAGUAGUUAUAAUUUCGUAUUUCGGUUACAAAACAACCUGUAAAAUAAUGUUAAAUAAAUCUGAUAAAUAAAUACUGAA